CUUGUUUGUUUGGAACUGGCCCGCUUUAGUAUAGUUUGGGAAGUCGAAAACUUUGAACCGCUUCUCCGGGAGACAAAAAAGGGAAUUUUUGCAGAAAACGCUAACCAAUUACCCAGACACACCCAUUCUAACCAAAGCAAAAAAAGUCUUCUCAAAACGCCAGAGUCAGAGAGCAGAGUUCAAACCUCACGCCUUUGAACUAACUCUAAGCAUUUACUCCAAUAGCUAUAGCUAGCCCCAACCCAACUCAGAGUACAUCAUUUCAAUAACGCUUCCUUUUCACUCUUUUCUGGAACUCCCUCUUCUGUCUUAUAUAUUUGCUCAGUGCAAAAUCAAAAACCCACUCACUAUUUUGGGUUCAAGCUGGAUUUGAUCUUAGCAAGCAAGAAAGAAGCUGUCUUGAUGGCGAAUCGUUGGUGGGCCGGGAGCGCGACGGUGAAGCCCAGUGAACAAGACAACGGUGACAACAACGGUACUCCCACCAACAGUGGGAACAGUAACACCAACGUUAACGCGGUUCUCGAGGACGACGCAAACACCAACGAGCGCGACGGCGAAGAGCAGACCCUCAGCGGCGGGCGGCGGCCGCGUGGCAGGCCGCCAGGGUCAAAGAACAAGCCAAAGCCGCCGGUGGUGAUAACGAAAGAGAGCCCCUACGCGCUCUGCAGCCACAUCCUUGAGAUCAGCGACGGCAGCGACGUGGCUGAGUGCAUUGCUAUCUUCGCCACGCGCCGCCACCGCGGCGUCUCAGUCCUCAGCGGCAACGGUUUCGUCACCAACGUCACGCUCCGGCAGCCGGCGGCCCCUGGAGGGGUCAUCACCCUCCAGGGGCGGUUCGAGAUUCUCUCCCUCUCCGGCGCGUUCCUGCCGGCGCCUUCGCCGCCGGAGGCCACCGGACUCACCGUGUACCUCGCCGGCGGGCAGGGGCAGGUGGUCGGAGGAAGCGUGGUGGGACCCCUUGUCACCUCGGGGCCGGUGAUUGUUGUUGCUGCUACUUUCGCUAAUGCUACCUAUGAAAGGUUGCCUUUGGAGGAUGAAAAAGGUGAAGAGGACAUGCAAGAGGUGAAUGAAGGUGAUGGUGGUGGAACAUCACCACCACAACCACCACCACCACCACCACCACCUUCACAAGGUGAACAACAGGUUUCAAUGCCGGUGUAUAAUUUGGUGCCUAAUAAUGGUGAUGUGUUUUGGGGGCCUCCAUCUUCACCUUCUAAUUAUUGAAAACUUGAAACCCUUGUUGUUUACGAAAUUGGCUUAUCUGCUGUCUCGUGACCAUUCAGAACGACUCAAUGGUUUUGAGGGUUGUGUUAAUAUUUAAUUGUGAAAAUAUUAACACAAUUCUCAAAACGACGUUUGAAGACGGGAUAGCAGAGAAGUCAUGUUCGGAACUACUUUCCACCAUUGAUCUUGCUGACUGUAUAUGCGCAGUGUGAUCAAACGGUUACUUUGUUUUCGUUGCAACUCAGGUUAGAACAACUUAGAACGUUUUUGAAUUUUGAUGAUCAUAUCAUAUCUGUUGCAUGUUAUUUUAGUCUCUCCGGAGAACUUGUUUUGUUGUCUUUGUUAUUGUCUCUCUUCUGUUUAAUCUACAUAGUUAGUAAUUUAGUUCUGGAAGAGUCCAUUUGGGAAUUUAUUGAAUGAAUGAUACUAUGAUAAACAUUUUUUUUGUACUACUUCGAUGAUUAUGGUUGGGAAGAUGUGCUGUACAGUGUACACUGCAACUUGUACAGUUGUACUCGGGAAAAUGAACGGUGGUGAUUGAGUUUUUUAGAAAUGUGCAAGGAAAAGUUAUUUUUGUGUGUGUA